AUGUCGAGAAUUUACUUUGGCAUUAUUGACAGCAAACUUAGGGCAAAAGCACGGUUCUCACCCAGACAAAAGGGCUUCAUGAACGAAUCUGGGUGCUUCAACAACAUCCACAUCCUCAAUGAGCUGCUGAGGCACUCAAAAGCCAAGAAUGGCCUGGUCGUAACGCAGCUGGACGCGCCAAUCGAGAUACGCCUCCAGCGGGGGGUCAAGCAAGGUGACCCCCUCAGCCCAUUACUAUUCAAUCUAGUUUUGGAGCCCUUGCUAGAUAAGCUGGAAACGAGACCUGGGUACAAAAUCGACACAGAGACGCAGAUAUCGUCCUUAGCAUUUGCCGACGAUCUGCUCCUAGUCGCGCAAACAGUACCACAUGCUAAGGACCAGUUAAGUAGCACGGAAGCAUACCUAUCGAGUCUAGGUAUGAAGAUUGCUGCCAAUAAAUGCCGCACCUUCCGUGUAAACCGUACCAAAGACUCCUGGUACUUAACUGACCCAGGCCUCGAACUCGACAGUGGAGAAGUGAUACCGGUAGCGGGGGCCGGCGAUCACCUUGUCUACCUUGGAUGCAAGUUGUCUCCCUGGGUUGGGGUCACAACCGAGGGCAUACGAGCCGACCUUGCUUCAACUCUUAGUCGUGUGCAACGACUAAAGUUGAAACCGCAUCAAAAGAUAGACUUAAUCUCUACUUACAUUGUUCCUCAUUACCUGUAUCAGUUGUCCAUAGCGAUGCCGGCUAUGACACAGAAAACUGAUGGACCAGGAGCUACGGGUAGUGGUGAAGAAUAUUCUUCACCUGCCGCAGGCAACAACGAACGCCUUAUUAUACUGCGGGACGGGGGACUUGCGAUCCCGAGGUUGGAGUGGCUCGCCACCUCAUCAGCCCUAAAAGCCGGCUUAAAGUUCGUGGACAACCCCGACCCGGCAAUGCAAGCUCUUGCCACGGGCACUAAGCUCGAGAGUAGAGUGAGGCGACUCGCUCUCGAUGCCCGGAUAGCUUGGCCAGUUACUGGGGAGCAACUGCCAGCUAUACUAGAACGCAAAAGAAGGCUGAGCUUGCCAGAUGGAAGCGCCUUGGUUCUCAAGGAAAGUCGGCAGCGGCCUUCGCCGACUCCAGGAUCGGAAACGCAUGGCUUAGGGACCCCUCGUUGCUCAAGCCAUGUCGGCGGCCAUGAGCAGACGACCAGAAUACCGGAUCCUACAUGCAGGCAAUGUGGUUCGCAAAUUGAGACAUUGGGACACAUAUUGGGGCAAUGUCGUCACACGAAACCACAUAGGAUUCGAAGGCACGAUGAGAUCAAAAACCUCAUCGUGGAAGAACUUAAAAAGAAAGGCCCAGAGGUGGCAAUAACGGUUGAACCGACGGUGGCGGCAACCGGAGGCGGGAAUCUCAAACCUGACCUGGUAAUACAAAGCCGGGGAAGGGUCUUCGUGGUCGAUGUUACAGUCCGCCACGAAGACGGGAAUAAUCUCGCUCAAGGGUUUACAAGCAAAGUAGAAAAAUAUAGCCGCUUGCUACCUCAAUUCCAGCAGAGGUGGGCAGCUUGCUCUGCUGAAGUCCUACCAGUCGUGGUAGGAACAAGAGGGGCGAUGCCCAGGGAGACCAUCAAAAAUCUAACUAAGUUAGGAAUCUCUCAAAAUCAUGUGCUUUUAACAAUGUCGUUAAUAGCACUUCGUAGUUCCAUCGAAAUAUACCAUGAAUUCAUGGACUACGACGCCCCUCGGACGCGCCGCGGCGCGCAACCCACAGGUGAUUCAGCAACUUGUGGGAAAAACUUCUGGCCAUUUUAG